GAUGGAGCAUAUAUUAAUAAAGUCGGAAAGUGCUGAGAACUAUGGAUCAAUGGAUAUGUCUCCUGAGUGUAAACCAAGACCACUUAAUGAUAACCAUACAUUUGGGGAAUAUGUGAUAAUAGCUAAAACGAUAUUUUUAGGGCCUCAUUGUAAAUUAUAUUGUUAUUAAAAUAGGGCCUUUAUUUGCUGGUACAUUGAUUGGAUUCAAUAUAUUUGCCUAUAUAAUGAUGAGACAAUAAAUAACUUAGGGUCAUGAUAUAACUUUUGGAAUAAUUAUAACAAUUGUAUAAUCAAUAUUUUAUUUGGGUGUUGGAUUAGCAAAUCCAGGAAUUGCAAAUGACUCAACUUUGAAUUAUUAAUAUCAAGGAUAGUUGUACUCAUUACCCAAUAAACCAUAAUAAAGAAAUGUAUGGUAUUGUGAAAAAUGCUAAAAAAUUUAACCUGCUCGCUCUGAUCAUUGUCCAUUUUGUAGAGUUUGUAUUACAAAUUAUGAUCAUCAUUGCCCUUGGACAGGAAAAUGUAUAGGAGGUGAGAAUCUAUUGCAUUUUUGGGCUUUUCUUAUAUCAACAAUUAUUUUCUUCUCCUAUUUUAUUACAAUAUUGUUGAAUUAAAGAGAGGAAGCCUAAAAAUAAUGA